AUGAACGAUCCAACAGGAAUCACCUACUGCCCUGCUCGGUACGACCCAUUCUCACAUGUCCAGGUCGCCGACUUCUCCCAGGUCCAAUAUCUCACCAUUGUGGACUCCGACGACGAGGCUCAACAGAAUGCCGAGGACUUAGAAGAGGAUCCAUCGGCGCCUCCCUCUGGUCCCCCGGAGGAGGAUGCCUCUCCCAAGGAAGCCCCCGUCGAGCCCAGCAAAGGUGAAAACCCCAACGCUGACGACGAAUGGCCCGAGGAGGUGAACGCUGCGGGCAAGAAGAAGGCCCGCAAGGCAAAGCAAAAGGCCAAGAAGAAAACGGAGAAGGAGAAGGCCAAGUCCGGCAGUAAUGGAAAGAAAGGCAAGACGGUUUCAUUUGCCGAGCCAUCACCUGCCGAACCUGCCGCGAGCGAAGAACAGGCCUCCGAGGAGAAGCCCAGUGACACCGCAGAGGCCACUGGCGAUCCUCCACAUGAGGUCGGCGAGGAGAAGCAGGCUGCUCCAGAGACACAGGAUGAAGCUGCCACUGCUGAGGAGAAGCCAUCUGAGCCCGAAGCAGAACAGGAGGCCGAAACCGCAGCAUCGAGCGAUCCUCCAGCUCCAGAGGAGCCAGAACCCACUCCUGAGCCGGCCUCAGAAUCGGUCCCAGAGGUUGCUGCUACGAACGCUGAGUCUGAACAGGAGAGCCCUGAACAAGACAAGCAGAGUGAGCAAGCUGAUGACGAGGCAACGCCAGAACCACCCAUUGCCGACCAAGACUCCAGCCCCGAGGCUGCUCCGUCCAGUGAUGCGGUAGAAACCGGCCCCGAGGAAGAUAAAGCGGCAGAGAUGGAGGACUCACAGCCGGAACCGGCUUCCGAAGAGGAGGCCAAAACCGAAGUCGCUGGAGAGACCCAGCCCGACGCCGCAGUCAGUGAGCCAGAGGAAUCGGCAGCUCAACCUGCUGAAGAUAUUGCCGAGUCUGGCGAUGCACCACAGGAGGCAGAAGCCGAGGAUCCUGCCUCUGCUGAGGCUGAUGAACCAACUCAGGCAGAAACUGUGGUCGAACACAGCGAAGGUAGCACAGAGAGUGGCUCGACCGAGUCGGCGCAAGCGGAUGAGCAAAGCCAAGCCGAACCCAUUGACCAGCCGGCCGAGCAGGUCGAAGCCUCCGUUCCUGAGGCCCCUGCAGAAGAACAGGACCCAGUAGAGACGACACCUGAAGCUCCUGCUGCUGAGGCGCAGCAAGAAACUCCUGGCGAAGAGGAGUCUGCCGACAGCUCACCACAACCUGCAGGCGAUGACAGUGCUGCAGACAAAGCUUCUGAUGAACAAAGUCCACCUGAGGACGCUCCUAAGGUAGCAGAACCCGCAGCUGCGGAAGUCGUCCAGACGAAGGAAGAGGAGCCAGCGGGAAGCAGUGACGCUCCCGAGCCACCUGUGGCCGAUACAAGUGACGAAGUCGCCGAAAAGGCGGCAUCGCCUGCGCCUCAAACAAACUCGGAAGACAAAGAGGAGCCAGCAGACGCAAUCGUUCAGGACGCUGCAGAGGAAUCUCCGUCCACCGAAACCGAGGCUAAGCCAGCAGCUGACACCGAAGUCGUCGUGCCCGACGCUCAAGAUAAGGAACCUGAAGCUGUUGCGGCAGCUGGGGAGGACAUCGUCGAGGCACCGGCGUCAGAGGACACCACCGCAACUGAGGGAGAACAAAGUGCCUCUGUCGAUGGUGACGGUGAAGUCGAGUCCCCAGCUCAUGAGCAGGUUGAGACCUCGGCGGACGAACAUGCCGACGACAGCCCGGCUCCACCUGAAGAUUUGUCGCCCCCAUCCGACGCUGACACUAAGGAGUCGCAAGAGAAGAGUGAAGAGAGUGCUCCGGCUCCUGUGGCUGAAGACGAUGGUGACGAGAUAGACCAAGCCACGCCAGUGGAUGCUGAAGCUGCUGAUGAGACUCCUGCGGUGGAAUCUACCUCAGAGCCGUCUGGUGAGGAAAGUAAGGAGGCACCUACCACUACGGAAGAGCCUGAAGUCAAAGAAGAGGGAUCUAUCGCGGAGCCCGAGGCCGCAGAAAGCACUGUUGCGCAAGAAGAUGCUGCUCCAACCCCCGAAGUGGAACAAGACAAGACUGUGGACGAUGCACCCGAGCCAGAGCAUAGCAGCGAUGCUGAAACUCAGGACAAGGGUGAAGACUCACCGCAAGGUGACGAGCAAAGUGUGAGCGAGGUUCCCGAUGAAAAAGCCGGAGCCACCGAGACCACUGCACCAGCAUCUGAUAACCAAGAGGACUUGACUCCUGAUCCGGUUGAGAAGGGAAUUGAGACAAAUGAACAGGAGAACGACGCUCCGGAAGAAGACCUCAGUGACAAUGCUCCCCCUCAAGACGAAGCUCAAUCAAACGAAGUCGCCGCAGAAAGCACCACCGCCCCGGCAGAAGAGGCCACUGCUUCUGAGACACAAGAGACUUCAGAAGUGCCCGAUGAUCUGCUUGAGGAGCUCGAAGAUGAGCAAGAUCCUGACAAGUCGGAGGAGGGUGAGGCUGAGAAGGAAUCUGAGGCUCCCAAAGAGCCUGAAGCUGAUGAAGAGCUGCCGACUGAGGUUCCUGUUGCUGAAGCCGAGAAAGCCGCGGAGUCUUCUGUGGAUGCACCUGAACAAGAGGGCCCAGCGCCUACUGUCGACGCUUCUGCUGAAGCAGAAUCGGCAGCGCCUGACGCUCCCACAACAGGCUCGGUUGAUGACGAGAAGCCAGUUCCCGACGAGACUGAAGGCGCGGAGGCAGCGGUAGAUACUAGUGUGGAUAGCCAGCAGCCAGCCUCGGAGACGCUAGAUGAACAGCAAGAGCCCAUGGCUGAGUCGACUCCGGAGGCUGCUGCUGCUGCGAUCCCAGAGGACUCACCGGCACCAGAGGCUUCCAAGGAUGAGGAGUCAGAUCUCAAGGAGGAAGUUGAGGAGUCAGAGCCUGCUACUGAGCCUCCUACUGAGCCUGCGCCUGAGGAGCCUGCCGAGGAACUUGCUCCGCAGUCUUCCGAGGAGCCUGCACCAGCACCCAUCUCAGAAGAUACUGCAACCGGAGAGGUCCAGGAGGACUCCAAGGAAGUUGAUGCAAGCUCGAACGACGCCAACGAUGAUACGCAGCUAGCAGCUGAUCUCGAACCCGGAGUCGUUGAUGCCCCGAAGGAAGGGGCCUCGGAGCCUGCUGAUGAGGAGAAACAUGAGGAGCCUGAUGCUACUCAAAGUGCAGACGCGGUUGAAGACACACCGGUCGUUGAAUCAGAAGCUCUCGCCGAGACGUCCACAGAGGAGCCCGCUGAAGAGCCCGCUGAGGAGGCACCAAAGCAAGAGACUGUGGAAGAACCGGAGACAGAGUCUCAGGCCCCAGAAGCAACAGCCGAGCUUGAAAAUCCGGCGGCUGAAGAGAACCAAGGAAGUACCGUGGACUCAGCACCUGCCGCUGAGGUUGCUGUUCCUCAAGAGGAGCUAGAGUCCGUCGCCGCAGAAGUUGCUGAGUCUCCAGAAGAAACUCCAGUCGCUGUGGACGAACCUGCACCAGCAGAGCCGGCAGAAGAUGAGGCAUCACUGUCAAAAGAUGAGCCGCAUGCUACUGCCGCCGCCGAGGCAGAGCCAGAGCCCGAGGUCGACGUGGACUCGGUGGAAGGAGACAAGGGUGCCGACGUACCAGCAGCCGCGGAACCAGAAACUGAGGCGAGCCCUGCUACUGAGGAUGCCUCAGGCGAGAACGCCGACGCAGUUGAGCCAGAUUCUACUGCCCAAGAAGCAGAGGCUGCGUCAGCGGUCGAGCAGGUGGCAGAGGAUGCCACCAAGCAGGAAGUCGAGGUAGCACCUGGCCCUGCAGAGGAUGAGGCAGCAGAUGGCACUCCUGUCGCGGAACCUGAAUCUGAAACGCAGGCUGUCGUUGAAGAGCCCGCGGCUCAAGAAGGCGCAGAGGAACAUGAGCAGGUUGAGCUAGCGCCCGAGCCUGCCGCGGCGCCUGCAUCUGAGUCUGUUGCCGAACCAGAACCAGAGCCUGCUGCCGAACCUGAGCCAGAGCCUGCUGCCGAGCCUGAACCAGAACCUGCUGCCGAACCUGAGCCAGAACCUGCUGCCGAGCCUGAACCUGAACCUGUUGUCGAGCCGGAAGCGGAGGAUCCUGCGGAAACCGAACCUGCUGCCGAACCUGAACUAGAAGCUAAGCCUGUCGAUGUCAAAGCCACGCCAAACCCGGAGACAGUUGACUCUGUCAAGGCCGAAUCUAGUGAGGAGAAAGCAUUGCCUGACACCACGGCGCAAGAGGAAGAGGAGGCCAAGGAUACCGUUGGUCCCAUCCCAAGUGGUGAAAAAUCAUCCAAGACCCGUCCAGGUAAGCAUCAUUUCCAUUGCCCUUCCCACGGUGUUACCCCUGGCGUUGUGACGCACCAGUCUGGAGGGAGCAUGCCUGAGAGUAAUUUAGAGGAAGAUAUACCCCAAUUGGAAAGUGUGGUGGAAGAAGAGGAACAGGAAGGUUCUUUGGGGGAUCAGAUGAUUAUCACAGACAGCUCAUUGUCCACUGGAGCCAAUGCCCAACAACUUGGCGCUGAAACUGGAACGGAUCCAGUUCAAGGUUCAGAUGCUCAGAAAGUUCCAAAUAUGGCUGUUGUGGACUCAGAGCCAUUGGAUGUCUCUCGGGCUCCUGAUAGCAUUGAAGACGACUCCAAACUGGAGCACAAUGCUAUCCAGCCGGAUGCCUUGGGCGUGCCUAGCCAGGGCGAUGGUCAGCCUUUGACCAGCACUGCAGAAGCCAUCUCUACCGAUUCCGAUCAUCUGGAGGAGCCAGCUUCAGAACCAGUUGGAGCUGAACAACUCCAUCAUGCGAUCGUCGAAAAUCUGUCGGCGCAAGACGAUGGUAGCAUCCAGGAAGUGGAAGCUCCGGUUUCGGAUGGCAUACCUGUCGGCGGCAAAUUGGAAGAAGCGAGCGAACCUCUGUCAGUCGCUAAGGUAAAGGUGCAUGAAAGCAGCAACCCAGUCGACAAGGGUAGCAGUGAACACCUCCCCAUUCCAGAACAGCAUACCGAAACUGUCGAUCAAAUGUCGCGAAACUUGGACCAACAAGAACAACAAGAGCUUCCAAGUUCACCGCCGGUUAAGGAAUUGACUCUAUCACAAGAGGUCGAUGAACAAGGCGCUAUGAGCCAAACCAUGGAGCAGCAACAUGACCAAGCUCUGGAAGACAAGUUGCCUGAGUCUAUUGAUCCACCUUCGGACCCGACCGCUGUCCCUGUUGAGGAUGAUGUUUUAAGCGCCCAAGAUCAAUUCCCAGAGCAGUCAUCGGUACAAGAUGCUGAGAUCGAUCAUUCAACGAAUGAGCUAGCCCAGCCACCUCACGAUGCUACGUCUCCGACCGUAGUCCAGGAUGCUGGACUUGAUUCCCAAAACGAUGCCGUGUCUCAAUUGGCAGAUUCUCAUGACACCCCCAAAGAGCCAAGUCAGCCAGCGGACUACGCUGGGGAAGCCUUGGGCGACACUUCUGAAGAUUCGCAGCUCCAUGCUAGAGAACCGCCAGCUGUUGCUACUGAGGCAUCGUCUGAAGCAUCAGUGUCUGAACAGGGACAAGAUGUAAUCGCACUGGAUCCGAUGGUCGAGAACUCUCAAGGCCUCCCUCCAGUGGCCGAAUUAGCACACCAGAUCCCGUCUGAGAUUGUACAUCAGAAACCCGAAGCAGAUGGCAUUGCCGUCGCUCAUCAAGCUGAGAAAGUUGACUCCCAUCGCGAUGCUUUCGAGAAAGAUACAGAAGCGCCGGAAAUCCCAUCAUCUGCAGCAAUACCCUUCGAAGACAUCGAUUCGAACCGAGAGGCCAAAGAUGGUUCUGCUCCCGCCCAAUUGUUCUCUGAGGAAGUUCCAGCACUGCAGGCAGAGAUUGACAGAGAACCUGUACAGCUUCCCGAGGUGGAGCAAGCAGUUUCAACCACCGCUGAUGAUGUACUCGAUGAGCCAGUGGUAGAGGCAAGGACACUUGUCCCGCAGACAGGUGUUGAGGGUAAUGGCCAGUCAAAUGUAGCAGAUGAGCCAUCGCUUAGCUCUGUCACACCUGUCGAGCAAAUUCCGUCAGCCAAAUUGUUGGGCGCUGAAAUUGAAGCUGACGAGGCGACACAAGAGCAAGGCCCUGAACUUGUUUCUUUGGGGGAGAGCGUUCUGCAUCAUUCUUCAGAGCCCAAGAUCCACGAAAUCACAUCUACUCGACAAGAAACUGCCACUAGUGAAGAUGCUGAGAAGAUCUCAAAGCCAACAUCGACAGCCGGACCUGAGUUCCUGGAGACAGCCCCUACAGACGCUGAGCUGACUCCUCUCAAUACCGAACAACCAGAAACUGCUGAAGAGAAUCAGCAUCAGGCAGCCGUUUCGAGUGUCGCAUUUGGUGAUGCUUCGGACCACAGCUCCUCCGAGACUGUACAGACGCCCCACGAUAUGGAUCCAGAGGUCACAAAACGUGAAGCUGAGACACUUCACGGUGACUCAGAUGACCAUUUGUAUGGCCUUAAAGGACAUGUCGAUGAUACAAAUGAACAAAGCGCAGAUGAGCCACAACUCACCCGCCUGGGCGACAUCGAUCCGGAAUGUUUGACCGCUGAUCAAGAGGAGACGUCGAAUUCCUUCGAGCACGACGCAGCUGUCUCAUCAGCCCAAGAGCCUACAGUGGUGACCGAGACCGUGCCUGAAGCUCUAUCUGUAGCUGGUGAAAGCAUUCAAGACGCCGCAGGGAGCAAAAUUGAGGCAGUAGCAGCCGACAGAUCGCCACCCGAAAACAACAGUACCCACAAGGUCGUUACUGGCGGCAAGGCGAGCUUACUCGAAUCGGAAACUAAACCUGUACAUUCUGAAACACUCGGAGCCACCGAAGACGUGCAUAUCUCGGAAGAUCUAGCCACGAAGGCUGUUAAUAUUCCAGACGAUCCAGCUUUGCCAUCCGGCGACCCUGAGCUCGGGGCUACAGACAAUGGGUUAACCCCACAAGCACAUGAUGAUACAGUCUCAGGAGACAAUCUUCAUCGACCAGAACUUCCCAAUGACCAGGCUGCUGAGACUUUGUCGACUGAGGAUCAAACGUCUCCGAAAGAAACACAGGCAAAUGUUGAACUACGCAACGAAGAUUCUGCCGUGGUUUCCGCGGACCUGGGAGUGCUCGAGAGCGAUCUUCAUGGCGCUGAGCCAAACCUUGAAGGUGACCAGCCAACCGCUGUACUUGAUCUGCCUGCAAGACUUGAAGAGAAGCCAAUUGAAGAGACCUGUUCAUCAGAAGAUCUGUUGGUUGUAUCAGAUGGUUCGCAGAGCGCUGUUUCACCUGCGCAACAUACCGAUGUGGUUUCUAUCAUCCCACCGGAGACAAAUCCAGAGUCACACUUAGAAAACGAAUCCGCCUUAUUGAGUACACAACAGUCCAAUGCAAAGAGCCCCGAGGAGGACCUCUCGGAGGCAGUGCAAGCAGCUGAUAGCCCUGCAGCUGAUCUGCUGCAUACUCAAGAUGAUAGUCAUGCGGAAGCAUCAGAUACGCUCAGUUCUCAAGACCAAGCUAAGAACACGGAGGAAGCGGUUCCUGAAGCAGCCGAAACCGAGGCUGGUGAGCAGCUCCCGCGAGGUCAAGUGCACCCAGGAAGUGGCCUGGAACCCAUGCUCGAGGAAAAGACACCAGUCGCCGAUGCGCAACCACCCAUAGGUGACAGUCGAGGUGGCCUCCUAGCUGGGAUCGCCGCUGGUGCCGCUGCCAUUACGGCCGGAGCAGGAGUUCUUGCGCACAAGCUCUCCACCAACAAUGAGCCUGAUGAGACAAAGAAAACAUCUUCAGAGGAGCUAGAAACCAAGUCAAAGGCCAUUCCAAGCGCACCAGACUCUGUCAUCGGUGUGUCGGAGCCUGUUGUGUCAGUAUCACCACGGCAGGCUCCAGAUGUCCCACCCAAGUCACCCGAGCGUGGACCGAGUCCCGCUGCAGUUGCAGACAGAGUUACUCCUAAUUUCGCCGAUGAGAUCAUGGAGAGAUCACAGUCUCGACUCCUCUCUAAUGUGUCACGAGAGAGGGACACAGAUAGCAUAAUGGGUCAGUCACCUCCAUCGAAAGAACCCCUUCGGAACAAUGCAGCCAAUGUGUCGUUAGCGGAGCAUUUUACUCAUUCAAAACAGACCGCAGCAGAAGAGAUUAUCAGAGGUUCAGAUACCAAUCGGACUUUGGCCCGUUCUGGCAUGCAAACAGGAGACGACUCCGAGUUUAGGCCAAAAGUGAGCACUGUGCCAUACGAUCUGAAUGGAUUGUUGGACACGAGAUCAGCAACACCGGGCAUUGUCCUUCCUGAUCUCGCAGACCCAACGGCUAAGUCGUUAGGUCGAGCCAGGAGUUUGAGGAGGUCACGUAGGAGGACAAUCAGGAGAAAUGAGGAAACGGUUGCGGCUGCUGUGAUUAUCUACGCUGCGGCAAGAGAGAUCAGUCCUUCCCCUGGUCCACGAUUGGGUAGUUCCCAGGUAGAAAAAGGCAUUGUGGAAACUAUGGUGGCGGAUGCAGACUUUGAGAGCGUCAUGACACCAGGGGCAGCGGGGGAUCGUGGCGUUGACUUGAGUGACGUUUCUGACUCUGUGACUGACCUUUCAACAGACGAUGAAGGCAAGACAUCAAGCAGUGAUCGGCACCGCAGGCAUCGACAUCGCUCUUCCAAAUCCGGGGAGAGUGAAAGAGAGACCGCUCACAGGAGCAGGAGAAAGAGCGACGCAUCAGCCAAGUCAGCUACAUCUGAUCUGUUUAUUGGUUCCAGGUCUGCAAAGCGCACAGAUAGUGGUUUCUCUGCCGAUAGUUCGCAUUCUUCAAGGCGACAGCGGACUCCAGAGGAGCAGGCCGAACACGACAAGCGCAGAGCCGAACGUCGUGCUGAGCGCACGCCGGAGGAGCAGGCGGCCCAUGACAGACGCAAGGAGGAACGCAGAGCUGAACGCCGCACAGAGAGGACGCCCGAGGAGCAAGCUGCUCAUGACAAGCGCAAGGAAGAACGUCGCGCCAUCCAGGAGAAGGAGCGGGAGAGAGAAGCCAAGGGGAAAGCCCCAGACACACCACGGAGCGACCGUCAUUCACACCGCAGUUCAAGGCGGUAUAGUGAACAUAGCAAUUCUUCUCGUCCAGAGAAGACCUCACAUUCGAAUGACUCUCCAGUAUCCGACAAGAAAUUCUUCGAUUUGAAGAACGCAGAAAGUGCUGUGGCACCUAAGCUCACCAAGAGGGCGACAGACUCUGCUGUGCCUGUGGUCUCCAACGAUGUUCCAAGGCCGGACACUACGAGGCGAUCCCGUACUUCAAAGGAUAUCCCUGGCAGACCUACCGAUGUUCCUCAGACCAAAGAACACAGGACUUCGAAAGACCACCACCACAAGCACCGUGACCAUCGGGACCGGUCAGCCACAGACCCUGUCAAGGCGCAUACGAAGCCCGCCACUGGAGUGGAAGAGAUACCUUCGCCAAGCCGCUCAAAGUCAACCAAGGAAGCCAAGGAAAGCAAGGAAGAGAGGCAUCACAGACGCGAAGAACGACAAAAGGCCCGUGAUGCCGAGGCGAAGAAGAAGCAUGCCCCCUCCGGCCUUAAGGCCGUGAUUAAGAAGAUUUUCAACUGA